AUGCAGCAGCUGGAAGCACCCAACAACUUUCUCUCAAAACAACCUCCAAUGGCUAAAACCCUCCCAACCCUCCACCUCCUCCUCCUCCUCCAAUGUCCCCUCCCUCCCUCCUCAAAUUACCUCACUACCCUCGGCCUCGGCUACGCCAUAGCCAUCGCCCUCGGCUUCCUCGUCCUUCUCUCCACCCUCCUCCUCGCCUCCUACAUCUGCUGCCGCGUCUCCCGCCGCUCCCAGGCCCAAGCCCAAACCCGAACCCGACAAACCCAACGAAACCCCAACAGCUCCGAGGGAGUCAUCCUCCCCAGCAUCAUCUUCGUCGCCGAGGGCGACGACCUCGAGAACCCCGAAAACUCCGUGGCGGGGCUCCACCACAACGUCAUCAACUCCUACCCGAAAUUCCCGUUCUCCAAAGCUCUCGGCGGUGGCGAUGCGUCCACGUGUUCCAUCUGCCUCUGCGAGUAUCGCGAGUUCGAGAUGUUAAGGAUGAUGCCCGAGUGCCGCCACCACUUCCACCUGUUGUGUCUCGACGCGUGGCUCAAGCUCAACGGCUCCUGCCCCGUCUGCCGCAACUCGCCGCUGCCGACGCCACUGUCGACGCCGCUGCAGGAGGUGGUGCCGCUCAGCCAGUACGCCGCCGAUCGGAGGUGGAGGAGGUGAUGGGUUUUUGUUUUGUUUUGGUUAGUGGGUUUUUAUGGGUUUUUGAUUCUUAGUUUUGGGUCUGUGUUAGAUUUGGAGAAUUGGAGUGGAUUGUAAAUUUGUAGGGGGUGAGGAUUUAAGAGUUUGUUUUGUUGUAUCAUAGUUUUACCCUUCAUUUUGUGAUGGUAAAGCUUUUGGGUUUCUUAGACUCCAAGCUUUAUUUGUACCAAUUCUAAUGAUUUUUUCAUUUUAGGACCUUGAAUUCACUCAAAGGAUUCAUCUUCAGCUCAAAUGAACAAGCUUUAGCUUCGACUUGGUCAUUCUUGCUUGUUAGUUUUGACCUUGUACCAAGUUCUGAAAAUUCAGGUUUAGAAGUUGAUAUAACAGUGAUCUGCAACUGGGUUUUGUGCAAUGAUUUUCUGAUUGUGGUUUUGGCCU